UUGUGUCAUUCCUUUCGGAUCGGAAUUGCUACAGGGAGCAUUCGUUGGCAAUGGCAAUGGUACUGCGCUCGGCUCUAAUUGACUUAUUUAUCACCUUCUCGUUCGCAGAGUUCCUCGAUCGGGUCAUUAGCGCCCAGAAGAUGUACGGACGCCGGAUCGGAAUGAGCCGCGCUUGGAACGGGCCCAUCCCGUACGUGAUGAUAUCGAAAGCCAGUGCAGUUGAGCCCAUACUGAGCAACCCGAAGCUGGUGGAGAAAAGCGUCGAUUACGACUUUAUGAAGCCCUGGUUGGGCAACGGCCUGCUCACAUCCCGGGCCAGCGUGUGGCACCCGAGGCGAAAGACACUGACCCCAGCGUUUCAUUUCAAAAUCCUUUCCGAAUUUGUCAACAUCUUCCACAAGCAGGCACUGGUCAUGAACGAGAAACUGGCUGAACAGUUGGAUAACACCGCUGGGUUCGACAUCGUGCCCUUCACCACGCUGUGCGCUUUGGACAUCUUUUGCGAGACCGCCAUGGGAUGCCCGGUAAAUGCUCAGAAAAACUCCGACUCGGAAUACGUACGAGCCCAUAAACUGAUCGGCAAGAUCAUCCGCAAUCGGUUGCAGAAAGUUUGGCUGCGGCCGGACUUCAUCUUCAAGCACACCGAGGACUAUCGGAAGCACCAAGAGUGCCUACAAGUGCUUCAUAACUUCUCCGAUCGAGUGGUCCAGGAGCGAAAAACAGAGAUUGUAGCGAAGCGGCGCCAAGCCGAAGACCUGAUCGACCUCAACAAUAACAACGUGGCAGACGAAUCAAUCAGUUGCUGUCGCAAGAAGCAAUUGGCGUUCCUCGAUCUUUUGAUCGAAGGAUCUCUGGACGGAAAUGGUUUGACUGAUUUGGACGUGCGAGAGGAAGUUGAUACCUUUGUAAUCGGAGGUCACGAUACGACCGCGGCAGCAAUGGCCUGGAUCCUACUGCUGCUGGGAUCUGACCAGAAAAUUCAAGAUCGCGUCAUCGACGAGAUCGAUGGGAUCAUGAACGGAGAUCGCGACCGAAGGCCCACCAUGCAGGAACUAAACGACAUGAAAUAUCUCGAAUGCUGCAUCAAGGAAGGACUUCGCCUGUAUCCAAGUAUUCCGCUGAUUGCUCGCAGGCUGACGGAAGAUGUUCAGGUUGAUGACUACAUCAUUCCGUCGGGAACGACGACCUUGAUCGUGGUGUAUCAACUGCACCGAGACCCCAGCGUAUUCCCGAACCCGGACAAGUACAAUCCGGAUAACUUCUUGCCGGAGAACUGCAGCGGACGACAUCCGUACGCUUACAUUCCCUUCAGUGCCGGUCCACGGAACUGUAUCGGACAGAAGUUUGCUAUCCUCGAGGAGAAGAUGGUUCUGUCCACGGUGCUCCGGAAAUUCCGUAUUGAAGCCGUGGAACGACGAGAAGAUGUCAAACUGCUCGGUGAUCUUGUGCUGCGACCUCGUGAUGGUCUGAAAAUAAGAGUCAGUAGAAGACUGUAGCCUAAUGAAAUG